AGUGAGUUUUGUGUCCAUCACCUGAAGGUAGUGUUCUCAGAUCAUUCCUAAAUCUCACCUAAAAUGAUCACUAGCAAUCUUGUGUUUCUCCUUCUUUUCUUGCCAAGUACAGCUGUGGGUGAUGAACUAGAUGACUAUGUAAAAACUGAAGGAGCAUGGAUGAUGGGUAGACAAAGACAGUUUUACACAACGGCAGAUGAACUAGAAUGUGUCAAGAAGUGUGAAACAGAAAAUAUGUUUACUUGUAGGUCAUUUUUGUACAGCACAAAAAAUCAAUUUUGUGUUACACUGCCUGACAACCAGAAAUCUUCAGCAUUACGCAGAAGAAAUGAUGUUGCUUUAUAUGAAAAGAAAAUGUACAUGGAAGAUUGCAUCAAAGGAAUUGGAAAGGAUUACAGGGGAACACAGUCCAAAACACAUUCAGGGAAAACGUGUCAGGAAUGGACAGCGAGAGUUCCACACGUACCAAACAUUACACCUGAAAUAUUCCCAAACGCUGGACUAGAGGAAAAUUUCUGCAGAAAUCCAGAUGAUGAUAAAAAUGGGCCUUGGUGUUAUACGACAGAUCCCUCAACUAGAUUUGAAUAUUGUAACAUUUCAAAUUGUGAAGAAGACUGCUUUCAUUGCAUUGGAGAAGACUACACAGGCAAAAUUUCAACGACUAAAUCUGGUGUGCAGUGUCAAAACUGGGACUCAUCAACCCCUCAUGCCCAUGGUUUCAGUCCUUCAAAUCUUCCAGAAAAAAAUCUCAUCAAGAAUUAUUGCCGCAAUCCAGACGGAGAGCCGCGUCCAUGGUGUUUUACUACUGAUCCAAAAAAGCGAUGGGAACACUGUGAUAUUCCACGCUGUACUUCCAAUCCUCCGCCAUCAUUACCGGGGUUGCAGUGCUUGUCUGGAAAUGGUAUAAACUAUCAAGGAAAUAUUGCUGUCACAGCAUCAGGAAAGACCUGUCAGGCCUGGAGCUCUCAGGAACCCCAUGCACAUGGCAGAACCCCACAAAGUUACCCCUGCAAGAAUCUGGAGAACAAUUACUGCAGAAACCCAGAUGGGGAGACAAUGCCUUGGUGUUAUACCACAGACAUAACAAAGCGAUGGGAAUAUUGUGAAAUACCCAGUUGUCAUGCACCAUCUCCUGUUACGGCCGCACCCACCACACUAGAUGUGGUCUCAGACUGUUAUGAGGGAAAUGGUGUUACUUACAGGGGUUCAACUUACAUGACAGUUUCAGGUAAAAGAUGUCAAGCCUGGAACUCCAAAGUGCCACACUCACAUUUAAUAACACCUGACAAAUUUCCAAAUUCGGGACUUGAAAAAAAUUACUGCAGAAACCCAGAUAAUGAAAAGAGUCCUUGGUGUUACACCACCGAUCCUAACGUCCGAUGGGAGUUUUGUAACUUGAAGAAAUGUGCUGAAGCUCCAUUGAUAGAACAAAAGCCUGUACAGACAACAAAACCUACAAUAGUCUCCUCCAGUCCAGAUUGUAUUGUAAGUACAGGCAAAGAUUAUCGUGGUACAAGAUCUGCCAGUGCUAAGGGAGUUACCUGUCAAGCCUGGAGUUCACAGACACCCCAUACACACACAAGCUUUACUCCAGAAUCUCACAAAGACUCUGGCUUGGAUAAGAACUACUGCAGAAAUCCUGAUGGAGACAUAAAUGGACCAUGGUGUUAUCUCUCAGAACCUGGGCCAGUAUCCUGGGAUUAUUGUGAUAUUCCACGCUGUGCCUCAACAGAAAUUGAAUGUGGGAAAUCAAAGAAAGUACAAAGGAAAUGCACUGGGAGAAUUGUAGGUGGAUGUGAAGCAAAUCCGUUUUCUUGGCCAUGGCAGAUCAGCCUUCGAACCAGUUUUCAUCUACACUUCUGUGGCGGAACAUUGAUUGAUCAUCAAUGGGUUCUCACUGCUGCACACUGCUUGGAACGCUCAGACAGGCCAUCAUCUUAUAAAGUAUAUCUUGGAAUUCAUAGAGAAACCAGCUCUGAACCUUCAAAGCAAAUGAAAGAUGUAGAGAAGUUAUUUCUGGAACCAACAAAAGCCGAUAUUGCUUUACUGAAGCUGAAAAGCCCAGCUCUAAUCACAGAUGAAGUCCUGCCUGCUUGCUUGCCACCUCAUAAUUAUGUUGUACCAGAUAAGUCUGAAUGUUAUGUAACUGGAUGGGGAGAAACACAAGGUACUGGCAAAGUUGGAGUUCUCAAAGAAGCUGGCUUCCCUGUUAUUGAAAAUAAAUUAUGUAAUCGCCCUGAAUAUCUGAAUAACAGAGUUACUAGCCGGGAGCUGUGCGCUGGUAAUAUCCAUGGGGGAACUGACAGCUGUCAGGGUGACAGCGGAGGACCCUUGUCCUGUUUUGAUGGAGAAAAAUAUAUUAUUCAAGGAGUAACAUCCUGGGGUCUUGGUUGUGCACAGGCUAUGAAGCCUGGUGUGUAUGUGAGAGUCUCUAUGUUUAUCCCAUGGAUUGAAAAGACAAUGAAAGAAAAUUAAUGCAUCAAUAGGAUUGAUGUUCUUGUGAAUGAGUGGAUGAAGCGAUAAAUAUGAACAGUACAACAUAACAAUUAAAAACAUACUUUGUGUUAGUCUAA